UUAAAAUGAGAGCCUCGACUCGAUUUGUUAAAACGAUUUAAUUCUCUGUUUACAAAUGCGUUUGCAGACCUGUCGAAGAAUAAACAUGUGCAGUUUAUCAUGGAGAUACGUAAAGUGAAGUGUCCCUACGUUUUAACAUUUUGAGACCUAAUGCAUUUAAAGAUCAAAGCUCUGUUGCAGUUCUAACAACUAUGAAGAUGCAGACAGUUUUGUGAGUCUCAAGAUCCCCUACUGGCCAAUCAUACUUUAUCAUGGGCGGAGACAGAGGAGACACCUUAGGGCUCCAGAGAGACUACAGAGACUCAACCUGAGAGACUACAGAGAGAGACUCAACUAUUGAAAGUUUCAACCAGAAACAGCAGUAAUCAGACAGAGGAUCAACCAGAGAGAGAAACAAGCUUCCAGAGACUAGAUACAAGACAGGAUACAGAGAGACCAGACAGAGAACCAAGAGAGAGCUGAGUUAUGGAGACACAUCACUGUGAUACGUGUGGGAAGAGCCUUUCCUCAUCCAGUCACCUCAAGAAGCACAUGAGGAUCCACACUGGAGAGAAGCCCUACAGCUGUGACCUCUGUGGGAAAACCUUUAGUCAGGCUAGCCAUUUCAGAAUUCAUAGAAGGAUCCACACUGGAGAGAAGCCCUACAGCUGUGACCUCUGUGGGAAAACCUUUACCCAUGCUAGCAGUUUCACAGUUCACAGCAGGAUCCACACUGGAGAGAAGCCCUACAGCUGUGACCUCUGUGGUAAAACCUUUAGCCACGCUGACAAUUUCACAACUCACUGCAGAAUCCACACUGGAGAGAAACCCUACAGCUGUGACCUCUGUGGUAAAACCUUUAGCCGGGCUAGCCAAUUCAGAACUCAUAGAAGGAUCCACACUGGAGAGAAGCCCUACAGCUGUGACCUCUGUGCUAAAACCUUUAGCCGUGCUAGCAGUUUGACAGAUCACCACAGAAUCCACACUGGGGAAAAGCCCUACAGCUGUGACCUCUGUGGUAAAACCUUUAACCACGCUGGCCAUUUCACAACUCACCGCAGGAUCCACACUGGAGAGAAGCCCUACAUCUGUUACCUCUGUGGUAAAACCUUUAGCCAUGCUAGCAAUUUAACAGUUCACAGCAGGAUCCACACUGGAGAGAAGCCCUACAGCUGUGACCUCUGUGACUAUUCAGGUAAAACAAAGGACCAUCUGAAGAGUCACCUGCGUGUUCACAAUAGAAAACCCCCAAAGAAGCAUCACUGUGAUACGUGUGGGAAGAGCCUUUCCUCAUCCAGUCACCUCAAGAAGCACAUGAGGAUCCACACUGGAGAGAAGCCCUACAGCUGUGACCUCUGUGGGAAAACCUUUAGUCAGGCUAGCCAUUUCAGAAUUCAUAGAAGGAUCCACACUGGAGAGAAGCCCUACAGCUGUGACCUCUGUGGGAAAACCUUUACCCAUGCUAGCAGUUUCACAGUUCACAGCAGGAUCCACACUGGAGAGAAGCCCUACAGCUGUGACCUCUGUGGUAAAACCUUUAGCCACGCUGACAAUUUCACAACUCACUGCAGAAUCCACACUGGAGAGAAACCCUACAGCUGUGACCUCUGUGGUAAAACCUUUAGCCGGGCUAGCCAAUUCAGAACUCAUAGAAGGAUCCACACUGGAGAGAAGCCCUACAGCUGUGACCUCUGUGCUAAAACCUUUAGCCGUGCUAGCAGUUUGACAGAUCACCACAGAAUCCACACUGGGGAAAAGCCCUACAGCUGUGACCUCUGUGGUAAAACCUUUAACCACGCUGGCCAUUUCACAACUCACCGCAGGAUCCACACUGGAGAGAAGCCCUACAUCUGUUACCUCUGUGGUAAAACCUUUAGCCAUGCUAGCAAUUUAACAGUUCACAGCAGGAUCCACACUGGAGAGAAGCCCUACAGCUGUGACCUCUGUGACUAUUCAGGUAAAACAAAGGACCAUCUGAAGAGUCACCUGCGUGUUCACAAUAGAAAACCCCCAAAGAAGACACAUCACUGUGAUACGUGUGGGAAGAGCCUUUCCUCAUCCAGUCACCUCAAGAAGCACAUGAGGAUCCACACUGGAGAGAAGCCCUACAGCUGUGACCUCUGUGGGAAAACCUUUAGUCAGGCUAGCCAUUUCAGAAUUCAUAGAAGGAUCCACACUGGAGAGAAGCCCUACAGCUGUGACCUCUGUGGGAAAACCUUUACCCAUGCUAGCAGUUUCACAGUUCACAGCAGGAUCCACACUGGAGAGAAGCCCUACAGCUGUGACCUCUGUGGUAAAACCUUUAGCCACGCUGACAAUUUCACAACUCACUGCAGAAUCCACACUGGAGAGAAACCCUACAGCUGUGACCUCUGUGGUAAAACCUUUAGCCGGGCUAGCCAAUUCAGAACUCAUAGAAGGAUCCACACUGGAGAGAAGCCCUACAGCUGUGACCUCUGUGCUAAAACCUUUAGCCGUGCUAGCAGUUUGACAGAUCACCACAGAAUCCACACUGGGGAAAAGCCCUACAGCUGUGACCUCUGUGGUAAAACCUUUAACCACGCUGGCCAUUUCACAACUCACCGCAGGAUCCACACUGGAGAGAAGCCCUACAUCUGUUACCUCUGUGGUAAAACCUUUAGCCAUGCUAGCAAUUUAACAGUUCACAGCAGGAUCCACACUGGAGAGAAGCCCUACAGCUGUGACCUCUGUGACUAUUCAGGUAAAACAAAGGACCAUCUGAAGAGUCACCUGCGUGUUCACAAUAGAAAACCCCCAAAGAAGACACAUCACUGUGCUACAUGUGGGAAGAGCCUUUCCUCAUCCAGGAACCUCAAGAAGCACAUGAGGAUCCACACUGGAGAGAAGCCCUACAGCUGUGACCUCUGUGGGAAAACCUUUAGCCAGGCUAGCCAUUUCAGAAUUCAUAGAAGGAUCCACACUGGAGAGAAGCCCUACAGCUGUGACCUCUGUGGUAAAGCCUUUACCCAUGCUAGCAGUUUCACAGUUCACAGCAGGAUCCACACUGGAGAGAAGCCCUACAGCUGUGACCUCUGUGGGAAAACCUUUAGCCAGGCUAGCCAUUUCAGAAUUCAUAGAAGGAUCCACACUGGAGAGAAGCCCUACAGCUGUGACCUCUGUGGUAAAGCCUUUACCCAUGCUAGCAGUUUCACAGUUCACAGCAGGAGCCACACUGGAGAGAAGCCCUACAUCUGUUACCUCUGUGGUAAAACCUUUAGCCACGCUGGCCAUUUCACAACUCACCGCAGGAUGCACACUGGAGAGAAGCCCUACAGAUGUGAGCUCUGUGGUAAAACCUUUAGCAGCAAUAGGGAUUUUACAGAUCACUGCAGAAUCCACACUGGAGAGAAGCCCUACAGCUGUGACCUCUGUGGUAAAACCUUUAGCCGUGCUAGCAGUUUGACAAUUCACAGCAGGAUCCACACUGGAGAGAAGCCCUACAGCUGUGACCUCUGUGGUAAAACCUUUAGCCACGCUGGCCAUUUCACAACUCACCGCAGGAUCCACACUGGAGAGAAGCCCUACAUCUGUUACCUCUGUGGUAAAACCUUUAGCCAUGCUAGCAAUUUAACAGUUCACAGCAGGAUCCACACUGGAGAGAAGCCCUACAGGUGUGACCUCUGUGACUAUUCAGGUAAAACAAAUGGCCAUCUGAAGAGUCACCUACGUGUUCACAAUAGAAAACCCCCAAAGAAGUAAUGUCUGGGGCCAAGCUGUCCCAGCAUCCACCACCUGAGAGAACCUCUGUAUGACCAUUUUCCAUCUCCAUUUUGUCAUCAACUUUUAUUGAUGUAUGACUAUUACGAACCUUGUCUAGGGGGAAAGGCCGUAACACUAAACAAACACACAAGACAGAACACACAUGCAAACAUGGCGAGGGGCAUAACAGCCUGUGUUCUGCACCUCUCUUUCACCAACUGUAUUUGGAGGAGGGGAGCACUCAACUGCUCCUCCCAAGUUUUUUUCUGUUUUUUUUUCUCAAGUUUUCCUUGUCUUCCUUGAGGGUUUAGGUUGGUUGAGGGGUAGUUCUACAGGCGUGUGUCAAGCCCUCUGUGACAUUGCUUGGAAAAAGGGCUAUACAAAUUAAUUUGAUUUGAAUUUGAUGAUUAGUCGUCCAAUGCAAACUGAUCUUCAUCCAUUGUUGAAGAAUACGGACACACUUCUCUGUAUUUACUUUUAGAAAUUUAAGGGCCAAGAGACUGGAUGUUUCUGAAACAAAAGGGUUGUAAUAGAAAAUGACUUU